AGGAGGAAAAUUUGGGAGAAAAGUUGACAGUAAGGAGAGGGGGAGUAUUGGUUAGAAAAAGCACAGGUGGUGGCCCAACCACUCCAGUAGUGUCCUCAUGCAAUUGGAGACCUUGUUGCCCUUUUGACCUUGAUGCCAUCAUUAAAGACUCCCCCUUUACCAUUGAUACCAGCUCCUCCUCCUCCUCUGUCUCUGCUAGAAAGCUAGCUGCUGCUCUUUGGGAGUUUCCAACACUUCCAAUUCCUUCCAAAGAUGCACAGGGCUUCUCACACUAAUGGUGGUGGCGCCGAUGGCAGUGGUGGUGGUGGUGGUGGUGCUCCACCUCCUAGGCUGAGACACCUUCAGCUCCAUCACCACCACCCCAGCAGAGACAAGAAGGCUCUUGAUCUUUCUCACUUUUUGGCUGAUAAUUGUGCUAGUUCUCCUGACCAGCCAGAAAGUGCAAGCAGUUUAAGGAGGCAUAUUGCAGCAUCGUUGAUGCAACAUCAUCGAACGAUUGAAAGGAACAGAUUGAACAAUCACAUUUUGCAGCCUGCAUCGCCUGCAAGCUACGGUAGUUCCCUGGAGGUGGCUCCGUAUAACCCUGCAGUCACCCCUAGCAGUUCUUUGGACUUUAAGGGAAGGAUUGGCGAAUCACACUAUAAUCUUAAAACAUCUACAGAACUGCUACAAGUUUUGAACCGGAUUUGGAGCUUGGAGGAACAGCAUGCAUCUAAUAUAGCAUUGAUAAAAGCGUUGAAAACAGAGUUGGAUCAUGCUCGUGUUAAGAUCAAGGAGUUGCUUCGGGUUCGGCAAGCUGAUCGACAUGAGCUAGAUGAUUUGGUGAAACAAAUUUCAGAAGAUAAACUAGUUAGGAAGAACAAAGAACAGGAUCGAAUCCAUGCUGCAGUUCAGUCCGUCAGGGAUGAGCUAGAAGAUGAGAAGAAGUUAAGAAAACGAUCAGAAAGCCUACACAGGAAGUUAGGGAGGGAGCUUUCUGAGGUCAAAUCUUCUCUUACUAAUUCUGUGAAAGAGCUUGAAAGAGAGCGGAAAUUAAGGAAGUUGUUAGAAGACCUAUGUGAUGAGUUUGCUAAGGGAAUAAAAGAAUAUGAGCAAGAGGUGCAUUCUUUAAAACAGAAGACUGACAAGGAUUGGACCGGAAGGUCUGACCGUGAUAGAUUGAUACUCCAUGUAUCUGAAUCGUGGUUGGAUGAGCGGAUGCAGAUGCAGCUAGAAGAAGCCGAGUGUGGUGUUUCAGGAAAAAACUCAAUAGUGGACAAGUUAAGCCUUGAAAUAGAGACCUUUCUUAGAGCUAAACAUAUGAACACUCCAAAGAAUACAGAAAAUCUGAUGACAAGAAACCGUAGGAAUUCAAUGGAAUCUGUCCCUCUGAAUGAGGUUGUGAGUGCGCCUCAAGACGCAGGUGAAGAAGAAGAUGAUUCUUUAGGAAGUGAUUCAAAUUGUUUUGAGCUCAAUAAGCCGACCAACAGUGACUUCACAUUGCUUGGGGAUGAAGCUGUCAAUAAUCAUAUCGAGGAAAAGGUUAGAUUAGAUCCCUCAAAGAAAAACUCGGUCUCUUCUGACAGGGUAAGAAGUCGGAGUCCCUCCUGCUUGCAAGUGAAGUUUGAAGAACAGAUGGCUUGGGCCAUGUCAUGUAAUGGAAAUAAAAAGUCCCAGAUGGAGAAUCCAGAGCAGGGGAAAACUGAAGAAGGGAAGCCGCCCGAAAUAAGCGCAUCCCAGAAAUCUGAACGUUGUGUAGCCACUGAAGACACCGCUUACAGAAAAGGAAAUAAACAAGAUGAAAUUCAUGUUUCAAAUUCGAAUCACAUGGCUGAAAACCUUAUAAGAAGUCAACUAGUGAUGUCGGAUGGUGGGGGGAAUGUAAAUGAGGCUUCCUGCAGUAAUACUGGCUGGAGGAAUCAGGCUAGUCCAGUAAGACAGUGGAUGGCGAGACUCGCAUCACCUGUUUGUGACAUGUCCGAAUUGCCUCCACGGAUAAGGGAGAACACCCUGAAGGCAAAGCUUCUUGAAGCAAGGUCAAGGGGACAAUGGACACGUUCAAAAGCUUCCAAAACCACAUCUAAAUCAUCCGAAAGGGUUAACUGAUCCUGCAUCGCCUACUGGUUGGAAGUUCAUAUUGUGAAUAUUGCCGUGGCACAAUCUCGGGAAUGAAUAUCUAUGGUUUCACUAGGGUUCUCUCUCUCUCUCUCUCUCUCUCUCUCUCUCUCUCUCUCUCUCUCGUAGUUUUUGAAUUUUUGAAAAGGCAGUUUGUAAAUGAGUGUAAUGUUAAGAGUUGAAAGACCAACAACAAUUUUGGUUAUGCUAUUCUGGGCACCUAACGUGCCACGAAUGUAGGUUUGGAAAGAGAGUUAAGGAAAGUAGACAUUUCUAGUAAUUGUAGCCUCUUCACUCCAAAUUGUAUGUUCUACAAGUUUUAUUGGAAUCAGUUGGAAUUGGA